AUGUUCGAUAUAGAAGUAUCAGCUGGGUACCACCUUCAUUCAUCCUUUUGGUACCUAUGUAGCAAAGAAGCCGCAAAGACAAAGUUUUUCUACGCCUUCAAUAGUCUUGCUCAUGCUAUAGCAAACAAAGGUCUAAACUACGAACAUCGAUUGUGCAUACGAAAUAAUGUUCUACUUGCCGUCGAAGAUGUGCAAAACUCAAUCGCACCAACGUCAAAGGUACGCUCACUCCUAUGUACAGGUCCAUCUCUUAAAUAUCCAGUACCAUUGUGUUUGGAAAAUUUAAGGUUGCUAAGGGUAUUGGACGCUCUUAAAAUAAGAUUGUAUGAGUUCCCAUUGGAAGUGGUGAAACUAGUUCAACUAAGAUACCUUGCCCUCCUUUAUAACGGAAAUCUCCCUCCCUCCAUAUCCAAAUUGUGGAACCUUCAGCACUUGAUUGUUCAUCGAUAUAGCAUAGUAAAAUCAGUUGGGAAUUUAUCGUAUCUGCAUAUUGAAAUAUGGAAUAUGAAAGACUUGAAGUUUCUUCAGACCAUUGGAAGAGACCUACCACAUCCUUGCCGUGAAGCAUCUCUCCUAUCAAACCUCUUAACACUAACUGGUGUCGGUCCUCAUAGUUGUACCAAAGAUGUGUUUGAAAAAAUCCCUAAUUUGAAGGUGUUAUUAAUUAGCAUCGAACUAGUUCCCGAUUCUACAAAACUCUUGAGCUUCUUUGAUCACAUUUUCCAUCUCCAUCAACUAGAUAUUCUCACAUGUGAAAUCAAGAAUCCAAUAUUGAAGGCAGAGGUUGUUACUCCACUUGCUCCUCUUUCAAAUUUUCCAGCAACGCUUACAUCUUUGACGUUGACCGGCGGUUUUGGAUAUCAAUGGGAAGAAAUAAGCAAGAUUUCUUCAUUACCAAAUCUUAGACUUCUCAGGUUGAAAUGCUAUGCCUUUCGAGGGCCAAAGUGGGUAGUUCGUGACGGCGAAUUCCAAAGACUUGAAGUUAUUGUUAUUGAAGACAUUGAUCUGGAGCAAUGGGCAUUUCAAAACUCUUCAUGCCUACCCGCAAUUCGAGUGCUUAGAAUCAAGCAUUGCUACAAGUUAAAAAAGAUCCAUCUGACAUUUGGUACAUCUCUCGAAAUCAUUGAAGUACUCGACUGCAACCCUAUGGUUGUGGAUUGGGCAAACAAGUUAACACAUGAUUGGGGCGACAAAUACGGGGAUCAUAAACGUUCCGUAGAACUUACUAUCCGUUCUUCAUGGGAUGGUGGAGGCAUCCAGUCAUGA